AUGUGGAGGCUGAGCAGGAAGUUGGAAUGGGAAUGGCUUCAAAAAUCAAGGCUUGACUCAAAUCUGAAAGGAGAUAGAAACACAAGAUACUUCCAUGUCAUGGCUACCAAUAGGCAAAAUAGGAACACACUCAACUCCAUCACAAAAGGAGACUUAGUUUUUGAAGAGCCAAGUCAAGUUAAGAAUGAGGUGUGGACCCAUUUUUCAAAGCAUUUCAGAGAAGACUGGAUGAAUAGACCAGUGCAUGUUGGGGAUUUCAAAAGUGUAAGGCUCAGUGACUCAUUCCAUAGGCUUGAAGAAGAAUUUACUGAAGUGGAGGUUAUUAAGGAGGAAAUACUCAACUUUAUAAAGGAAUUUCAUGCAAAUGGCAGAUUAACUAUAGGUCUGAAUAGCACUUUUAUCUCUCUCAUCCCAAAGAAAGAGAAAGCUUUCAAUCUGAAUAUUAGCUUGGUUAGGUCAAUUUACAAACUUCUCUCGAAAGUCCUUGCUUCUAGACUAAAAAGAGUCUUGCCCAUGAUUAUUGGAGAUACACAGUCAGCUUUUUUGGGAGAAAGGAAUAUACUUGAUGGUAUCCUGAUUGCAAAUGAGGUGAUGGAUAGUUGGACCAAAUCUAACAAAAAAGGACAGUUGCUUAAGUUAGACUUUGAAAAGGCUUUUGACUCCAUUAAUUGGGAUUUCCUAUUCUCAAUGUUAGCAAAUUUUGAGUUUGGUACAAAUUGGAUUUCAUGGAUGAAAGAAUGUGUCUCUACUGCAAGACUCUCAGUCCUUGUUAAUGGCUCACUAACCAUGGAGUUUAAACCUCAAAAGGGCCUUAGGCAAGAUGACUCUUUACCAUUCUGUGAAGCUGAGCUAUUGGAAGUACUCUGUUUGAAAUGGAUCCUUAGGUGCUUUGAAAUAGCUUUAGGGCUUAAAAUCAACUAUCAUAAAAGUGUGCUUUGUGGGAUUGGUCUUUCUGAUCCGGUCCUUCAUGAUUUUGCCUCCUUAUUUAACUGCAAGACUCAAAGAUUGCCACUAAAUUAUCUAGGCUUGCCUUUGGGCGCUAGCCCUAGGAGAAAGAAGACUUGGAAACCUAUUAUUGACAAGUUUAAAAUGAGACUUGUUGGCUGGAAAAGGAGAUUCCUAUCUUUUGCAGGAAGAUUAACAUUGGUGAAGGCAGUGUUGUCUAGUCUACCAGUGUAUUUUUUGUCUUUGUUCAAACUACCUGAAGGAAUAGCAAAGGAGAUAGAUAAAAUUCAAGCUUCGUUCUUAUGGGGUGGAUCAAAUUUGAAGAGGAAAAUUCAUCUAGUGAAAUGGUCAGAAGAGCUACUCAGACUCAAUGGAAUGUUACGAGAAGCACCUGCAUUUAAUCUGCAGGUCAAUGAUAUGGCAAUAUGGUCUGCUGUUAAUCCAGAAACACAGAAAUUGAGUGUCUCUUCCAAGGCUCUCAACCUUAGCUUCAGGAGUUUCAAGAGCUCAUUAUCACCAGGUAUUGCUUAA